AUGUUGGACACGGAGCAGGAUUGGCCUAUUAUUCUCACCGUUGGCCUCACCUUUCUGACUGGCUACUUCAUGUUCGCACAGAUACGCACUUGUUGGGGCGGAAAGCACGCACAAGUCAAAACGAAGGCGCACAGUGUUGAGUUCAGUGGUGGUGGUCUUCGGCGGCGCAGAAUGGGCGUAUCCAAGGGAUCGCGAACACACGCAGAUGAAUAUCCCACUUCCCAUGCACGACUGCCUGUUGAGAUCUGGGAAAAGGUGAUAGACUGUAUCGCGGCGGGUGCUCAAGAGGAUAUUAGAGAGUCUCUGCUGACGUGCGCGGCCGUAUGUCGAGACUGGUAUCCAAGGUCCCGGCUCUACCUCCGUCAAAACCUCUGCCUUCACAAGAGGAGCCAACUCGUCAGCUUGAUUAAGCUCAUGCACAAGUACCCGGAAUCAUGGCUCACUCCCAUUGUGCCUGUGCACACGGUGAGCUGUAGCAAGUUCGACCUCUUGGCGCCAUUUGCUGCGGUUGCCGCGCGCAGGCUGACACGAAUUGAGGGGCUUUCUCUCAAGGAUGCGGAAUGGCUUCCCAGCAUGUUUCAUGCGGACGCUGCGGACGUGUUCCUCUGCCUCAAUACGCUCACCUCAAUAGUCAGGCUCGAGCUCCAUAAUGUAGUGUUCCCGUCAGGGGUAGUGUUCGGCCGCCUGCUCUGCUCUCUCCCUCGGAUUUCAUUGUUGCUGUGCGAUCGAGUGGCGUUCCGAGCUCAUGGAGAUACUCUGGGUUGCAUUCUCCCGCCGAAGAACUUCCGCCUUGCAGAAAUCGAGCUCAGCGAAAGCUAUAAUGCAGUAGAGCUUUUGAAUACAACAUCGAUACUGCACUUUCUCAAGACCCUCACUGUACGACACUGUAGUCGAAAUGAGCUAAAGGGGCCCAUACAGCUGCUUGUGGAUACUGCGCGAGUAUCGCUCGCCCGCGUACACAUUGAAUGUGAGGACAGCGAGGCUCCAUGGUUCGACAGGUUCCCGUUGGAUCUUCGCCAUAACACUGGUCUGCAGGUUCUGUCGAUCACUGUAUUUGUCGAGGACACGCAAUUCGCAGGCUGGCUGUACAAUCUCUUGCAUGGUGCAUUGCGAGCAGAGUUGCGUGAGAUCAUAAUCACCAUGAGGGUGCAAGCAUGGGUUGUCGAAUCGGGGCUCACCAAGUUAUUCCAUGAGCUCCUGGAAGACAACCUAUGCGCCACUCAGCUCGAUCCGCUUCUAUUGCGUGCGAGCGCUGCGACUCUUGAAGCGGUCACGUUCGAACUUCGGGCAGUGGCCCAUCGCCACGAAGUCGAUGCGCUCAAGUCUGUUCCUACAGAAGACCGUUGGCGGAAUCAUUUUGCGUAUUUGUUUCCAGGUUUGAGUGCUCGUGGAAUUCUUCGAACCCCUGUAGCUAUAGAAAUCUGUUAA